AUGGAAAACAAGAAAUCAGCCUCGGAAAGGGACCGGGAGGAGGGUAAGGUCGACCCCCCGGCGACGGACAGACCUGUAAGACGACCGAAGCAACAUAACGUGAGUUAUGAAGUAAUCGAGAGAGAGAUGGAGGAAAGAGUAAUGGGCAGAAGUACGAAGACGGCACGUACACCCCCAAGAGUAGAGAGUCAAUUGAAGAGCAGUACAGAUACUUCGAACAGUGAAGAUGAGUCAGGAGAAGAGCUAGACAAAACAAUAAUAGAGAAGAGUGAGGAGAGUAAGGCAAGAGAAAAAAAAGAGCAUGUUUGGCUGUGCACAGAAGUAAUGGACUUGGAGAGAGAGACACCACAAAGAAUAAGGUCCUGGUCUAUUGACAGUGGCACUAUGAAAAGAAGAAGAGUAGAUUCAGAGGAAGAGGAACUGGAAAGAGAAGAAUCAUACAACGAACAGGCAAAGAUUGUUAAGAAAGGAAUAGAAAAUAUUAUGAAACUAAUCAAGACAUUGAAACAGAACGAAGAGCAGAAUACAAAGAGGGAGAUCAAGAAAGCUGUACAGUUGCUAGAAAGACAAGCGGACAUAUUGAACAGAAAGGACACAAAACAAUGGAUACAAGAAAUGGGAGAAGGGAAGGUGAAAUGCAAGAGAAAGGAAGUGAAGGAAAUGAGCACACAGACAGAAACAGAAGAAGAGAUAAGGGAAAGGUCACAGGAAAUGAUAGAAGAACAAGAGAUAAAUAGAGCCGUUACAUACGAAGAGUGGAAAAGGCUAGUAAAUAAGAAAUGGAAGAGAAGAUACUACAACAGAACAGCAGUAAAAGAAGGAAAUCCAUUGUGGCAGCAACAAGUUACGACUAGAGUAGUGGUCGUGGAACCUGAAGACGAGAAUAUGACUCGAAGUAUACAAAGCCAAUUUAAAAUGGCAUAUCCGGGUUUGGAAGAACUAAAUGAAAAAUACGAAGAAAUAGAGCGGACAACAAAGACGAAGAUAAGAGAAAAAGAAAUAGAAAGAAAUGAAAAAGUCAUAAAGCUAACGGUAGAGAAAACAGACCUAUCAGUAUGGGAAGUGAUGAGCGAAUUAAAAGAAAGGAAUAAAAAGGAGAAGAAGAUCGCAAUACAUCACAUCAGACAGAUGACCCUGAGCAACUUCAGAAAGAUGUUAGAGAUAGUGUUUAAAGGAACAGAUAUAGAAAUAGAACUGUAUACAACGCGAGCAAAAAUAGAAGAAGAAAAUGAGGAAAAGACACAAAAUGAAAGAAAGACAUACGCAAUAAUAGUAGAAAGACCGGGGAAAACUUAUGAAGAGACGGUGAGAGGAAUUAAGCAACAGCUCGAGGGUAAAAAGGGAAUAGAUAAAAUAGAGGGGAUAAGAAGUACACGGGAUGGAAAAGUUCUAAUUACAACGCAAAAAGACAAGGAAGCAGUAAUGGAUAUACAGAAAGCGCUGGGGGACGAGAAGGGACAAAAGGUAACGGAAAGAGGAGUCGGGGAGGGAAAAACGACUAAGACGAUCCACAUAAAAGGAUUAAUGCUAACAACGGAGAAGGAGGAGAUAGAAGAAGCGAUCAUUAGAGACACAAGUAUACGCGGAGAGUAUGAUGGCAGUAACGGUAGAGAUGACGGAGAGAGGGGCAAGGAAAUUGAUUAG